AUGGGCCUGAACACGAACCUCCUCAAAGCCAUUGCACGAAAGGGCUUUUCCGUCCCGACACCGAUUCAGCGGAAGACGAUCCCGCUCAUCCUCGACGGACAGGAUGUCGUCGGCAUGGCGCGCACGGGUUCCGGAAAGACGGCGGCCUUUGUGAUCCCCAUGAUCGAAAAGCUCAAAUCGCACAGCGCCAAGGUCGGCGCGCGCGCGGUCGUCCUCUCGCCCUCGCGAGAACUCGCACUGCAGACGCUCAAGGUGGUCAAAGAGAUGGGCAAAGGCACGGAUCUCCGGACGACGUUGUUGGUCGGUGGUGAUAGCCUCGAGGAGCAGUUCGGGAGCAUGGCGAGCAAUCCGGACAUCAUCAUCGCCACGCCCGGUCGCUUCGAACAUCUCAAGGUGGAAAUGCGAUUGGAGUUGUCCAGUGUCAAGUAUAUCGUCUUUGACGAGGCGGAUCGCUUGUUUGAGAUGGGUUUCGCGGCGCAGCUGACGGAGAUCAUGUUCUCGCUUCCGCCUUCGCGACAGACGUUGUUGUUUUCGGCAACGCUGCCGAAGUCGCUCGUUGAGUUUGCUCGUGCUGGUCUUCAGGAUCCGAAGCUUGUUCGGUUGGACGCCGAGAGCAAGAUUGCGCCCGGGCUGGAGAGUGCGUUUUUCCUGUUGAAGCGUACGGAGAAGGAAGGUGCUCUGUUGCAUGUCCUUCAGGACGUGAUCAAAAUGCCGAUCGGCGACACCAAAGCAAGUCUAGCGGCGAAAGAUGGAAAGGACUCGAACAACAAGAAACGGAAACGCGGUGAUGGUGUGGUGUCACGCGGACCUUCGCCGCAUUCGACAGUCAUCUUCGCAGCGACAAAACAUCACGUCGACUACCUCGCGAGCUUCCUCAAGGCGACCGGCUAUGCUACGUCCUAUGUUUACGGCUCCCUCGAUCAGACUGCUCGUAAGAUGCAGGUGGAAGACUUUCGCACCGGGAUGACCAACAUCCUGGUAGUCACAGAUGUUGCCGCUCGAGGUCUGGAUAUUCCUAUCCUCGCCAACGUCAUCAACUACGAUUUCCCAUCGCAGCCCAAGAUCUUCGUCCAUCGGGUGGGCAGAACGGCGCGAGCAGGGAAGCAAGGAUGGAGCUACAGCUUUGUCACAGGAGUGGACAUGCCCUAUCUCCUCGACCUGCAAUUGUUUCUGAGCAGGAGACUUAUCCUAGGCCGAACAGAAAAGGAGGCGGGCAUGUUUCAAAACUCGAUUGUUGUUGGAACCAUGGCACGCGAAAAGCUGGAGCGAUACACCGAGGAAGCCGCGAAGCUGCUAGAGGACGAUCACGACAUUUCUAUGAUGCGCGAUGUCGCUGGCAAGGGAGAGAAACAAUACCUCCGCACGAGAAAUGCAUCUUCCGCGGAGAGCGUGAAGCGCGCGAAGCAGUUGGCAAAAGAUGAUAACGCAACUGGUAUGAAUAUGAUUUUUGAGCCAAAGGGGGGUAUGGACAUGGAGCAGCAGCGUUUGGACAUGCUUGCACGAGUCAGCGGCUUCCGCCCACAGGAGACAGUAUUCGAGGUUGGAAGACGAGGUGUCAUCAGCGAGACGGCCGAGAUUAUCAAGAAACAGCGAGCGAAGAUCGAGUCGAAGAAACAAAUUGCGAAGAAGACCAAGAAUGACGACGACGAGGAGGAUUUAGACGCCGUGCCGAAGCGCAAUGCUGAUACCAUGGACCUGGAUUCAGACGACGGAUCGGACGAUGAGCUCGUCUUGACACAACCGGGGGCCGACAUGGAUGAAGCAUCUGACGGCGAGUUGGAGCUUGCCUUCACCGCUGUCAACGAAGCAGACCCAUCAUCAACAAGGAAAGCCCGAUGGCAAGACAACGAGCACUUCAUGUCCUACACUCCGUCGACCCUCAACCUUGCCGAAGACCGCGGCUACGGCGUGCACACGGGCGGAAACUCCAACUUCGUCACCGCCGCGCGCAGCGCAACCAUGGACCUCACCAACGACGAAAGCAAAUCCUUCGGUGAGCCUAGCAAAGCUGGCGGCCUCCGCUGGGACAAGAAGGCCAGGAAAUACGUCUCCCGCGCCAACGACGAGGACGGCUCCAAGGGCGCGAAAAUGAUCCGCGGCGAGAGCGGCCUCAAGAUCGCCGCCUCCUUCCGCUCCGGCCGCUUCGACGCCUGGCGCAAAGCCAACCGCGUCGACCGCCUGCCCAAAGUCGGCGACCUCGAACGGCCCGGCGGCCGCUUCGUAGCCGAGCAGGGCGGCAAGAGAUACAAACACAAACUCGAGAAGGCGCCCAAGGAGGCCGACAAAUACCGCGAUGACUACGAGGUCCGCAAGAAGAAGGUCGCCGAGGCCAAGGAGAAACGCAUCGGCCGUUUCCGCGAGGGCGCCGGCAAGAAUGAACUUCGCGGCGUGGAUGAUGUGCGGAGGGCGAGGAAGGUUACCGAGCGUCGCCGGGAGAAGAAUGCUAGGCCGACGAGGCGGAAGUAG